AACAUAACAAAACAUCUUCAGAUCAAAAAACUUCUACUACACCUACAAAUGAAACUGAUGCAAUAUUGUCAUGCCCAAUGUGUUUUACCAUACUAAAAGAGAUCUAUUACCCUGUUGAAUGUUUGAAUUGUGGAACCAAAGUUGCUGUUAUGGAUGUAGAAGAAGUUUUUCAUUUUUUUAAUGUUAUACCUUCUUAA